GUUAGCGAGAUGGCUUGUGGAUUUGAACUCGAGCCCUGUGUGACAGCAGCUAAAGCGUUGUACCGGGACUGGAUGGCUCACCCCGACACGAACGUGAUUGACCCUGAUGUAAAAGGUGUUGUGUAUUGUUAUGGUGUUUCAAGUGGUGGAUAUGAUGAGUGGAACUUUGCUUUCAAGAUGUAUGAAAAAGUCGUGGACAUUGAAGAACGUGAGAGCCUGAUUAAAGCAUUGACCUGUACCAAACAUCCAUGGAUUAUCAACAUUUUACUUUCAGAAAGCAAGAGUGACAUUUCCCUGUUUUCCUACGUGCUAAGUCUGUUGUCAGUAAACCCGAUCGGUCGGUCAGUGGCUUGGAAUUACUACCGAGCCAACUACGACCAUCGUAUUUCUAGUUUCAGCAGUUCAGGGUACUCCAUCGAACAGCUGACAUCAUAUUUCAACACAGAGAUGGAGCUAAGCGAGGUGUCUAAUUUUCUGGCCGCUCACAUCACUGAACUGGAUAUAACACGAAGUGAUAUAGACAACAUCUUAAGCAAGAUCAGAUUCAACAUCAAGUGGACAAAAGCCAACAUUAACCCUAUUCAAACCUGGCUUGGUCAUUUGACGAACUAAGCAGAAACAUCAGUAGAAGUGCCAAUAUUAACCCUAUUCAAGCUUGGCUUGAUCAUUUGACGAACUAAGCAGAAACAUCAGUAGAAGUGCCAAUAUUAACCCUAUUCAAGCUUGGCUUGAUCAUUUGACGAACUAAGCAGAAACAUCAGUAGAAGUGCCAAUAUUAAACCUAUUCAAACCUGUCUUGGUCAUUUGAUGAUCUAAGCAGAAACAUCAGUAGAAGAAAUCGAGAUAUUCACAAAUCCAGACGUUUUACACCUCUCUGAGUCGGAAAAGCAUAGUUUUGCAAUUUUUUCCAUAUGUCUGUAUGUGUGUAUGUAUGUGUUUGUUAGUUUGUGUAUGUCUGUGAACACGAUAACUAGAGUACCGUUACAGCUAG